AUGCCACGCAUUGGUGAAAAUAGUGUUAACAGUACUAUAGAUUCGAUUGCUUCCAGAACCAGAACAGAAUUAAAGUCUCGAAAAUCAAAAGCUCAUAUUGGUACUGUUAGAUCUUCAAAACUUAUACUACAGCAACUAUCACCACUACUACUCCAUCCACUUCGAAUAGAAGAAAAUCACAAUCCCAGGGUGAUAAUAGAUGUUGAUACUGUUGAAUCUUCAAAACUUGUUGCUACAACUACCACCACCACUACUCCAUCCACUCCAGAUGAAAGAAAAUCAAAAUCCCAUGUAACAAAUGGAUGUUGA